CAAGAACUAGCCCCGCUCAGAGAGAGUAAGCCAACAUGUAUUGGUAGCAUUGACAUCGUACAAAUAAUCUUUACCAUGCUCAAUGAAGUAUCCUAUACUAGACCUCGGCCUUGCCCGUCGGCCGCCGAACCCUCGUAGUUAAACGGUGUACAUGUAAAGGGUGUGGUGACAGUUAGUGCUAACCCCGCUCUUCGAACCCUUACUUAAAGUGAUUAUGAUCUCAACAAUUACCAUUCUCUCAUACCAAAACCUCUAUACCUCUACCUACACAUAUCCUUUUCUUUUCCAAGAUUCCUCCGCGGAGUAAACAUUUGAGGAAGAUAAAAUCGUGUUUAGCCUCGCCAAGAACAAAUCGGAAACAUGGCUGCCGCAACUGCUCAAUCCUUUGAUAUCCCGAAACAAUAUAAAGCUAUCGUAUACGACAAGCCGGGAACUAUUUCCACAAAGAUCGAGCAACUAGAUACCCCUGAACCUGGACCUGGUGAUGUGCUUGUUCGACUGUGAGCUCGCAUGAUGCACCCCCUUUUGUUGAUGUAACUUCGCUGAUUAUGUUGUCAUAUAUAGCACCCAUAGUGGUGUUUGCCACAGUGAUAUGGGAGUCUGCGAGAACAGCUGGCGUGGCCGUAAGUUUGCGACCUCAUCUACGUUUAAGAUGAACUUCUAAUGGCAUGAAAGUUCCUUAUCCGACGCAAGCUGGGCAAGUGGGCGGUCACGAAGGGGUUGGAAUCGUCCAAAAAUUAGGCCCAGGUACGGAAAAUGGUCGCAUAAAGCUUGGUGAUCGUGUUGGAAUUAAGGUGAGUUCACCUAGAGAGCCUAAGGGGACAUGUUGAGUUGAGAAUCUCCGAAGUGGAUCGCAUAUGCUUGUGGUGCUUGUCUUCCUUGCCUUGAGGGUAAAGAUGGCGUUUGCUUCGUAAGUCAACCCAGUGCUAAUUUCGCCUUAUGAUUCGAAACUAAAGUUGUCGUCUCGUAGAAUCAAAAAAUCUCUGGCUAUUAUUGUUCGUGAAUCGAGGCUCUCUAUGUGGGCGGGUAUCUCUAAUUCAAGGAAACAGACCCGGGAACUUUUCAACAAUACGCGCUCGCGCCAGCGAACUAUGUAACGCCAAUUCCAGAUGCUCUAGAUUCAAAGGACGCUGCUCCUAUACUAUGUGCUGGUGUCACGACGUGAGUUUUCACAGCCUCAAUUUGGUCGCUUAGGCGGCCGGGCCUCCUCAAAGUUGCCACCCAAUCAAGUAGGCGAAGCUCACAGAACUUUUUGAGUUUAGAUAUUCAGCCUUGAGAAAGAGUGAUGCAAAAAGCGGACAAUGGGUUGUUAUCGGUACGGUGAUCUCCGAGUUUUAUGAAGUCUGUAAACUAACAUACAACAGCCGGUGCGGGUGGCGGUCUUGUAAUUUCCUCCACGGAACCUUAAAUUAGACGUCAUGCUAACCGUAUCUAGGGUCACUUGGCUUGUCAAAUCGGAAGUCGUGGUAUGGCAAUGAGAAUCAUCGGAGUUGAUCAUGGAAGCAAGGAAGAAUUAGUGAAAGAGUGCGGAGCAGAAGUCUUCAUUGAUGUCACCAAAUUUGACGAUAAAGCGAUUGCUGAGGAGGUCAAAAGAGUCACAGGUGGACUUGGAGCGUCUGCGGUCAUUGUAUGCACUGCUUCUAAUCGCGCCUAUGCUCAGGCGCUUAGUUUCUUGAGAUUUGGAGGAACGUUGGUUUGCGUUGGAAUGCCGGAAGGCGAUUCUCAACCUAUUGCCAACUCAUUCCCUGCAGCUAUGGUGAAGUUAAUCCUUAUCACAUCAGUAAUAUUAACUAACGUCAGCAGGUUGCCCAAGAAUGGAAGAUCAAGGGUUCGUCAGUAGGUAACCAACGUGAAGCAUUGGAAGUACUUGAUAUGGCCGCCAGGGGUAUCAUCAAAACUCGUAUCCGAAUGGAGAAGAUGGAGAACUUGACGGAAGUAUUCAAGGAGAUGUCGGAGGGCAGGAUGCAAGGAAGAGUCGUACUUGAUUUGUCGUAGUGGAAAAAAAGAGACGCCCUGUAUUUGCCACACAUAAGAUAUCAUGUAGGAAACAACUUUUGAUGAUUCUUCAAGCACUAUUAACCAGAGCUGAAACAUGAAUGAGGAUAUGAUGAUGAAAACAUGAAACGAGUUCUUUGAAUUUGUCACACCGAGGAGUAAUCCUACUCUGAUGUUGAUGGAUAGAGUUCCUGAGCCGACAGGUCGAUAUCCAUCCAAAUCUGCAAGUUGAUACAACCG